GAUUUUUAGGAAAAGUUCCGUUCCGGAGCAAAUAGCCGGAACGAUUUUUACUAAUAGUUCCGUUCCGGAACAAAUGGUCGGAACGAUUUUUAGGAAAAGUUCCGUUCCGGAGCAAAUGGCCGGAACGAAUUUUACUAAUAGUUCCGUUCCGGAGCAAAUAGUCGGAACGAUUUUUAGGAAAAGUUCCGUUCCGGAACAAAUAUUGGAACGGAACAAAAUUUGCUCCGUUCCGAAUCCCAGCGAGUGACUACGUCUUGUAUCAAUGUAUAAACUGGAGAAUGACCUAAUUGUUCCUGCAUUUGGUUUAAUUUUUCAGUGGCAUAUGUACUUCUUUUGAAAUAUUCCACAAUAGUUUUAACUUUAGAUCUAGUUUCUUUUAUUUGUUCAAGAGAAGAUUGUACAAUAAGAUUUAGGGUAUGAGCAAAGCAUGAAAUAUGUCUCCACUGACAUAAACGAAUUGCUGAAGUAAUGUUUGCAGCAUUGUCAGUAGUACAAGCCGCUACUUUAUUUUGCAAACCCCAUUGCCUAACUGUAUUUUGUAAGAAAUCUUUUAUGUUUUCGCUUGUGUGUCUCAUUUUAAAAGCAGCACACGAAAAUGUCCAUGCAUCUGUUGUUAGGGCAACAUACUGUGCAUUCAAUUCUAGGUUAGAUUGGACCUCUUUAUGCACUUUAUUAUAUAGAACAGGCAAUAAUGAUGUCGAAAUGGUUUUUCUACAUGGAAGAGAAUAUUCAGGGUUCAACAUAUGUAUAAGUUUUUUAAAUUCAACAUCAUUAACAAUACUGAUUGGAUGCAGUUACUGGUUUUCUCAAAUAAUUAGAAAUAUGGGAUUGUUGUGGACGAUUUAAUAAUGAUGACUGAUGAUAAGAAAUGGGAGAUCUUUCUCUAUUAGCUGAAGAAAUUAAAGGGGUACCUGGAUUGGAUGAUGUUGAUGCUGAUAUAAUGUCAUAAGUAGGAGGUUCAUCUGGAUUAUUUUCUUCCAGAUCAAAAUUAGGCCUUUGACGUUUGGACAAAUCAAUUGUCUGAUGUUUUGAUUUAAUGUGUCUUAACAAAUUUGUUGUUGACGAUUGAUUAAAUUUAAGAAUUAUUUUACAUAAACCACAUUUAGCUUUGUCAUUUUCAACUAUUGUAAAAUAAUCCCAAAUUACACUAGUUUUACGACUCAUUUUGAAAAAAAAAAUUGUAAUUUAAACUUAAAUCCAAUUUUAUAUUGAAAAAUAUAAAGCACUUCGAACAAAUUACUCUGUUCACUGAUGUGAAUGAUGAUUAUUAGUACAAAGUAUUGCUUAAUACUGUAACCAACUUUAACUUGCAUUAACAUGUUUGAACUUGCCAUCAUGUUCUACAGUAUAGCAACCCAAAACAAUGUUAUAUAUGUAUUAUUCGUAUUAUUUUUAUGAUAAUAAGAAAUAACCAACUUGAAAUAAACAAUUUUUAAAUAAAAAUAA